UCGCCAGAAGUAUAUCGCUUAUGGAUUGGACGAAUCCAGGAAGUGAUAUGUCUGUUUGUUUCCCAGGUCAAAACGUGUCGAGAAGUUGUUGAUGUAUGUGUGAUGCUCCACCGGUUGUGCCGCAGGCGGGUCCCAGCCCCCGCAGUCGCCAUCCUCAUCUUCAUCCUCCUGUACUUCGCCACCCUAUACCUGCUGAACUGCAACAUGACAUAUGAACAGUACAAAGUGCUGGAAAAGCAGAAGGCCAUCAGAACUUCAGGUGGUCAUUCUGAUGGUGGAGGCGAUAAAAACAGACAUCACCAGGAUGAAGUCACUGUCAAGGAGUAUGAAGCAUUUCUGGUGGUGCUUAUAAUGACAGGGCCAAAAUAUGUUGAGAAAAGGAACGCAAUACGAGAAACCUGGUUUACAUACGGGGAUGAUGUUCUGCAGAGGUUUGUUAUAGGAACAGGAGCACUGGAUGCGGAUGAAAAGGCAGAAUUAGAACAAGAAAACGAGGAGAAUGGAGACUUGUUGCUCCUGCCAGACUUACAAGACUCUUACGAUGUCCUCCCAAGAAAACUUCUCUUGAUGUACAAAUGGCUGAACGAGAAUGUAGACUUCAAGUACAUUUUGAAGGCAGACGAUGAUACGUUUGCAAGAAUAGAUCUCAUCCAAGAGGAACUGAAGGGUAAAAGCAAGGAAAGAUUGUACUGGGGUUUCUUUAACGGAAGGGCGAGAGUAAAAAGACGCGGGCCUUGGCAGGAAGGGGAGUGGGUUUUGUGUGAUUAUUAUCUGCCGUACGCUCUGGGAGGAGGCUACGUGUUGUCAGCAGACUUGGUCCAGUUUGUGGCCCAGAACAUAGAGUGGUUGAAGAUGUACCACAGUGAGGAUGUUUCCCUGGGGACAUGGCUCGCACCACUGGAGGUGAAGAGGGAACAUGACCCCAGGUUCGACACAGAGUACAAGUCCCGUGGCUGCAGUAAUCAGUACCUGGUGACACACAAGCAGUCGGAGGAUCAGAUGAGAGAAAAGCAUCACCAGUUACAGAGCAGUGGGAGACUGUGUCACACAGAAGUACAGUACAGAAUGUCCUACACAUAUGACUGGAGUGGCCCUCCAUCCAAAUGUUGUACCAGGAAAGAGGGAGUACCAUAAAUCAAAGACAUGUUACUAGAAUACAUACUGGAUAAAAUAAGGUUAUGCCAACUUUAACACAAGGGACAUUUUUGUGUUAUGUGGAUAGAGAAUUUAUAUUAAUUUGUGCCACUGUCCAUGUGCCAAAUAGACUUAACAUGAUAGACGGAAGACCACUACAUGUCACCCCGUUUUCCUGUUCUGAAAGUGCCUCUCAUUCCUAGAUUUAGCCAUUUUGCAACUUGGGAAACAAAAUGGGAUGUUAGGUUGUUUCUACUGUUGUUCUUCACAUUGAAGUAUCACCCUAACAACCUAAUUUAUUGUCAAAGAACUGGUCUAAUCAUACAUUUGCUCUUUUGAAACAAGUAUGUGGAACAGCAAUGGAUGUCCCCUACAUUGUGAUAUUGUGGAAAAGACUAAACUUUACGUAACCAACACCAAGUUCGAUUGGGACUUACCCCAAAUUUUACAUUGUGAUAUGUUCAUUCAACUUCUGCCAUAGCUUGAAUUCAGACUAACUGUAACCGUAUCUCACACAAAGACAACAAAAGAGCAUUAAAUGCUUUAUCCUUUUAUUUAUGCUGCAAUGCACAUUAACAAAUAGUGGAUUGAGAGGGGAAUGAGACUUCAGGUCAUCACAGUAAUAGCGGUAAUCACACUUUUUUGAUGUAUAUUUUGGAUAUACCACACAUCAGUGGAAUAAAGAAUGAUUAAUUUCUCAUA